AGAGAGGGAAAAUUGCUAUUUAUAUGUCAGUUAAUGCAGAAAAAUUGCCUGUUUAACUGAAUGAGAAUAAGAAAGCAUUGAUUUUCCCACCACAAGAAGGAGUAAAAAUUCGAAAAAGGGGAAAGGAAAAUCGCGAAAGAAAGUAUAUCGCUAUUAGAAAGACGGUUGACGCAUAAUAAAUUGCUUGAAUAAAUAGGAAAGAAAGAGGCAAGGAGUAAAAAUAUAAUUCUCUACAAGACAAGAAAAGGAAAUCACGUUGGAAGAGGGAUAAUCGCUAUUUUAUGUGUCAGUUGGAACUGAGUGAGUGACCUGGGUUAAUGGGGGGGAAAGAGAGAGAGAUAGAGAGAGAAGAAUUCCCUAAAGUGGUGAAGGAAGAUAUUUGCUUUUUGGAUGUCGGUGGAUAACGAAAGGGUGGUUUGUAUUAAAAAAAAUAGAAAGGAAGUGAGAGCAAAAGAGAGAGAGAGAGAGUAGAGUUCCCUCCAGUAAAAAAUAAAAAUUUGGGAAGGCGAGAGAUGCGUAGUUAUGAUUGAGUAAUAUCGGAAAGGGCUUGUGUUCGGAGUAUUUUAACCGUGAUCAAUUAAGUAAUAGUAAUGAUAAUGAAGGGGGGAUCUAUGGUGUGGAAAAGCCUGCUAUAGAUAGGGCGAUAAUUUAAGUGAUAUUUUGAUUGACACAAUUAUAAAGUCUUAUGCUGGUGUAGGCUUCUAUAAUUUAAGAACCUUAUUUUGUAACAAUCUUGUACACAUUUCGAAAUGUCAGAAACGUCAAAAUAAAAAAUAGAGGAAACGUCAUCGCGGUGGAACAUUCGGAAACCACCUGCCGAACGGACAAGACCGUUGUUUGAGUCGGACUUCUGCCUUCGGUCCUUUUAUUCAUCUUCCGAAAUAUAUUUAUUUGCGUUUUACCGUUGUUUACAACUCAGAAGUGGGAUAGUGCCAUGCCAUCAAAAGACGAAAUGUUGUGUGCGCUGGAGAACGCCAAUGUGCUAGUGCCCUCAACCGCAACAAUUGCUCAAAUCCGCCAACUUUUCCAGCAGACAUUUCAUAUGAGUGACGCUUUGGCCGAGCUAAAUGAAAGCGUUGCUAACAUCGAUUUGGCUAUAAAGCAGUCGGAUGACGAGGCGAACACUCACAAGAUGACCGAUACCGACGCGCCGGAAACGGAAAUAGCUGCCUUGGAAAAGGAGUUACAAGUGCUUGAGCUUCGUCGCAAAAUCGCCAUUUUGAAAUCAUCGAGCACCGCAUCAGCACCGCUACUGACGUCACCACCACCAAUACCAUCAUCGAUGCCGCCAGCACCGCCAUGUUGUUCAAUAGCACCACCACCGCUAUCGACGCAGUUUCCAAUACACGUGCCUAAUCUGGAUGAUUAUGUGGGAAAGUUUGAUGGUGAAAAUGGAGUUGGAGUGGAACUAUGGUUCCAGGAAUUCGACCAUGCAUGUAGCAUUUUUCCUAUGAAUGCAGAAAUGAAGUUUUUCUGUGUGCGCCGCCUGCUUACUGACACUGCAGCCCUUUUUGCCAAGACCUCAGGCGCACGUUCUUACGCUGAUUUGAAAGACAAACUGUUGAAAACUUUUACCAAGAAGCCUUCGGUAGAAGAAGUAUUUAAAAAAUUAAGAGCUAGACGCCUGUUACAGCGCGAGAGUAUCACUCGAUACGUGUUGGAGAUGGAGCAAAUUGCGGGCACCGUGAUUCCGGAAGAGGAGCUAAUCAACAUCAUAAUAGACGGAAUCGGUGACCCAAUUAACACAUCAGCAAUACGUUUCGCUGCUGAAUCGCUGGAGCACCUCAAAGUUUUGUUGCGGAAAUACGAGUCGAUUCGUGCAACUCGCGGCACUACCUCUACACCAUCGUUCCUCUGCAGCAAACCUGCUGCUGUGCCUCUUCGUCCAGAUGGGAAGAAUAACAAAGACGAGCCACCCCGUUGUUUCAAUUGCUCUCAAUACGGUCAUUAUCAGAGCAAUUGUCCGAUGCCGCACCGUCCAAAAGGGUCGUGUUUCAAAUGCCAUCAAAUGGGUCAUACGCACCGGGAGUGCAAGAACCCGAAAGCCGUAACGUCAGCUGCAGUUUACCAUCCGCAAGUUGCAGAAUUCAGCGAAGAAAUAGCGGACCAAGUGCUGCUCAACGAACUCGAACUGCCGACCCAAAAGGAUUAUUAGUGACCGUGGCACCUGUUUUACAUCGAACUAUUUUAAGAACUUCUUAGAAUCACAGCAAAUAGAGCACAUCCUGAAUGCUACUGCGUCACCACAGGCCAACGGGCAGGUUGAAAGGGUCAACCGGGUGAUUCGACCCAUAUUAAGCAAACUCUCCGAUUCUCACGAACACGAUGAUUGGAAUCUACAUUUAAUAGACGCCGAAUGUGCUUUAAACAAUACUGUCCAUUCCAGUACAAAAUUCCCCCCCUCUAUACUUUUGUUUGGCAUUCAACAACGUGGACAUCUUGUUGAUGAACUAGAAGAAUUUUUGGAUGAUCGCCGCGGAGUUGAGCGCCAAGACUUAAAUGAUAUUCGUACAGAAGCUUCAAAUAACAUUACCAAGUCUCAGCGAUUGAAUGAAGAAUAUUUUCGGAAAAUCCAUAAACCUGCCGUUACAUAUAAAGUUGGCGACUAUGUAGUAAUACGUAAUAUUGACAACAGUACUGCCCAUAACAAGAAACUGAUCCCUAAAUAUAAGGGCCCGUAUGUAGUACAUAAGGUUUUAUCUAACGAUCGCUAUGUCAUUAGGGACAUCGAAGGCUGUCAAGUAACUCAAUUGCCUUAUGAUGGCGUAAUAGAACCAAAUAAGCUUAAGAAAUGGAGUGAACCUUGCGAAUGCGAUAAAGAAAACUGAGGAAGUUGUCUAUGAAUUAAAAUUGAGGACAAUUUAAGUGUCAGGAUAGCCGAGCUGUAGGCUUCUAUAAUUUAAGAACCUUAUUUUGUAACAACCUUGUACACAUUUCGAAAUGUCAGAAACGUCAAAAUAAAAAAUAGAGGAAACGUCAUCGCGGUGGAACAUUCGGAAACCACCUGCCGAACGGACAAGACCGUUGUUUGAGUCGGACUUCUGCCUUCGGUCCUUUUAUUCAUCUUCCGAAAUAUAUUUAUUUGCGUUUUACCGUUGCUUACACUGGGAACACUUAUAUGUUUGUUAGGUGGAAAACGGGCUUGUUGAGAGGGUUAGGUGGACUUUAGCGGGUUUUGUUUGCUCUUUAUCAAACAACUAUUUUUAUUUUGCUAAUUUGUUAAGUAAGGGGUUUGGAUAUGGAUUUAUGGGGAAAAACAAUGUUGAAAGAAUUGGCGGUAGUUUGAGGAUUUAAUAGAUUUUUGGUUAAAUUUGUUCA